AUGGUGGUACAGAAGCGGCAUAGCAGACCCAGACAAGCAGACAAGCAGACAAGCAAGUUUGUCGUGUCUACAAUUUGUGUCCUUGUGGCUCGUAACAAUUGUACCGUCCUAACGGUGUCUUCUUCCAGCCUGGCCACGGUUCGUCCAAUGGUCUUCGGCUGGAUCAAAAGUACAAAUUCGAGGCUUUUAAUGCUCGGACCACGUGAACAAAAGGCCAUCCCUGCAGUCUUUGUCUACUCCUCUGAUGUCCGUCUACCUACCUCGUCCUACGGACAGAUCAACAGUUCUAGGCAUGCGCUGACGCGACAACAUGGCACCUACUACCCAAACGUACCGGCCCUUGUAAUCCAAUCGUUUCUAAGUCUAAGGGUGAUGGCUGGGCAGGAGUUCAAUGGCGUAUUCGAGGGCUUGACAGCCCUGACAACAGCCAGUGCGGCAGGCCUCCAGUUUUCAGCCAGCCCCGGCGGCCAACUACAGACCGCCGACAUGUUGGUGUCAGUGGGCGUUGACAGGACGACCUCUAGUCGACCGGCCGUCGAGCAGCGCCGGUAUCGCCUGUGUCUGCGUGAGGUUCUCGGCUCGCAUGUUUGCGUUCAUCCGGACUGCCGGCAAGCGGCAGAGGGUUUCACAGAGUCCGGAAUUUUUGCUUGUCGCCGAGCGGAGAGACCGUUGCCUCGGGAGAUUAUUGAGGCGACAGUCGCAGAGGAAGCUUUGACUGAAGAGGCGACAGGCAGCGCCGUUAAGGCCGAUGCGACAAAUGAAGACGUCUCAAGUCUGAUAAAGGCGAGUCCCAUUUUAGUGCAAGUCGAUCUUCCCAUCCUCCGUCGGGACGCGGAUCUGUCAAGAGAUGAUGAAGUACUGGUAAUUCAAUCUUCCAACAAUGCUAUGAGUAUGCUUAAUGUCAAUUGA